AUGGAGGUGUUCCACUACGUCAUGAACGUGGGUCCACUUAUCGCAGCCUUCCUGGAAGGAGACGGUAUCAUAGGAACACAGCCAGCAGAAGAGCGAAGAGUGAAAGGGGUGUCUGGCGAGGCUACCGUCUACCUCGGCCAGGACAGAGACACCUGGAGGCCACUGAUGCACACAACAGCCAACCUCAGUGAGAUCACCAGCAUUAGCUCUUCCUUUCAGAUACGGACAUUCGACCCAGAAGGUCUCAUUUUUUAUGGGGACACCAAAAACGGAGAGGACUGGUUUGUCUUGUCCCUGAAAGAUGGCUUCCCUCUGAUGCAGGUCAACAAAAAAGAUGUUCCUGUCAGUGUGGCAGGGGGGCCCAAGCUCAACGAUGGAAAGUGGCACACACUGGAGCUGAGCAACCAGGGGGAAUUUGUGAUUCUUGUGGUGGACGGCUCCAGUAGGCUGGUGGUGGGCAUGCAGUCCAAACAGUUAGAGGUCCCUUCAGGUAAACUCCGAAUAGCCCUCGGCGGGAUCCUGAUCGACAAGGAAAAGAUUAUUGUUCAGUUCAAGCCGCACAUGGACGGCUGUGUACGGGACGGCAACUGGUUAAACCUCAGCUUCCCCUGGGAGACAGAAGUGGAGGAGCUCUGGCCCUGCUAUGAAAACAUCCAACCAGGCAUCUACUUCCCUGGCACUGGAUUGGCCAUUUUCAACAUCUCAGUUUUCCUCCCUGAAGCAGAUCAUGGGCUUAAGAUUGGAAUUUGGGGAAAUUUCAGUCAAAUGCAUGGAACCAUUUUGAGCAUCAAGGCUCCUGGACAAGAGCUAAUGUUCACUUUAGCAGCCAAGAGUAAGGAGGUCACACUCACUUUCGGUGAAUACAAAAUCCAAAUGAAAGAUGUUGUCAAGAGGCUGGUGAUGACCUUUCAGACCGAUUUACUGCAAGUACUUCAAGAUUUUGAUGAACCAAAGACCACUACAGUAUCUAUCAGUCCAGUGCGCCACCCUGGAUAUUUGACCACAUGGAGAGAUGGUCGUCUAGCUAUCGGAGGUCUCCUAGGUGAAGGUGAGGACAACGUGGGCUCCCAGUUCUUGACAGGCUGUCUGGAGAAGGUCCAGAUCCAAGGGAGAGAUCUGGAUCUGGAUUUAAGUGUCAGGCACAUCUCAAUCUCUCCCCACAGCUGCCCUGCAUAAAUCAGUCACUAUAUGUGGACUAUAUGUUUGCAGAGAAUACAUUUUAUUCUGUUGCCUUUGGUGACAUAAAAGUGCAUUGUAUGUAAAGUAUAAAAUAUUCUACAAAAUGAAGGAGGCACAGUUGCCUCUGUAGAGCAUAACAACACGGAGCCAACCACUAGAGUUUCACACUGCUAAUACUCAUUCUGUAAUUAAGAUACCAGUUAUGGUUUUAAAUAGAUGGCUAUUCCACUAGCCCAGUUUGUACAGAAUAUACAGAUUAAUCUGAAAAUGUGAGUGGUUUUCUGACCUUGUUAU